CCUAUAUAUCGCAAUUUGCAAAUGGUCUAUGCAAGUAGUGCCGCUAAUGUUUAAAAGCAAGGCUAUCCGCAGUUUUCCAUUCGCUGCGAGAUGUUUUACAACUUCUGAUAAAAACCCGACAGUACAGCUGCAACGAUCGCCUAACAACAAGAUCUCUGCCAAGGUUCUCACCCGCGUGAUCUGAUUUAUCGCGGCAACAGCUAUACUCCAUUGCAUUUAUUUAUUGGGUUCGUGUCUUUCCUGUGUGUUACGUGGAAAAAACCCACGUCGAACAUGUUAUAUCACGAAGGGUUUCCCGGAGCUGGCAAUUUUUAAGGCUUGGUAGCACCUACGCUGUAAGCCAGAAGCCUGGUUGAUCAAUUUUGAAUCAACCAAUCGCUAUAUAAGGAAUCCCAUUUUCUAAGAGCACCAGAAUUGCAUUGAUUGCGUAAAAUAUUAGUCAACUAGUAACCUUCGCGUCCGGCAAUGUCGAGCCACGAUAUUCGAAAUAAUCCAACUACUUUCCUCGACGAUCCAGUCUGAUCACGAUGCUUCCGGGACCAUUAGGAAAAUAAUAAUCUAAUCGAAUCACGCCAUGGGGUCACUGCCGAAUCUUCAUGAGCUGUCAAGGGAGAAGCUGGAGAGUCCCGUACAUCGGCCAGCUCCCAUUGGAGGCCUCGGACCCAUAAGGCUUCCCCCGCAACCGCCACUCUUAAUGCAUACCCACCGACGGGCGAGGAGCAGCGGCCACCAUCACAACGCGUUAUGGGACAACGACGCGAUGCUCGAGCAGCACAUGGCGACGUACUCCCCGAUCUCUUGCCGCUCGGCGAGGACUUCCGGUCUGGCUUGGCGUCGCCGAGAGUCGAUGAGCUCUUCCGCUGGAGCGUCUUCGGUCCGGAGGCUGAUAGCCGCCGUCCGCUCGACCCCCGCUGGACCGCGGCCCCCGAGGAAGGCGGUGCUCAGACACUGCGCCGCACUCCUCCUCGGUCACGCAGCCGCAUCAGCGGCGAUGCUGCCGAUGUUCCCCCUGCAGGCCGGCCUGGGAGCCUUCAACUCUCAUCUGGGUCCGGUCCUGCUGGCGCUCCUCUUCGCGACGGCGACUCUGACGUCCUGUUUCGCCCCGAUAAUCGUCCAGCGGGUGAACACGAACCUGACACUGUGCUUGGGGCACCUGGUGACGAGCAUCUUCGUCGGGGUGCAUCUCUACCCCGAGUGGUACCUCCUGGUACCGGGCUACGUGCUGCUCGGGGCCUGGGUAAGCCCCUGUUUUCUGGCGCGAACAUCUCAGGUGAACAUAUCAGCGGCGAGACUGAGUCUGGUCAGCUCGGACCCCGAGGACCCCGACGAGACAAGGCGCGAAUGUCAUCUCCGGCGGCUCAGCCGAGGCCUGAGACUCGCAGAGGACAUGGGCCUCGCCGUAGGCUGCCUGGUCGCGGCUAUCCUCGUAAAGAUCACCGACCCAACACCUCCCGCGGGGAUCGACGGCGAGAUCGAGGACUUUUGCGGGGCCGAGUACUGCCCCGAGGAGAAUUACUUCUACAACGAGAGCAUGAUGCUCGUUCCCACCGUGCCGCAUAGCACCUCCACCAUAAUGCUCAGUGUCUGGCUUGGCCUCAGCGUACUUGCCUUGGCCAUCUCUUGCGGGCUCUUGGACUCGCGGAUGAAGGAACCUCAGACCGUCAGCGAACACUCGAGUACCGAGCACUGGCUCCGGGCGAUCAAGACUGCCUUCCAGGACCCUCGACUCCAGUUGGCCACCCCCCUGGCACUUUUUAUUGGCCUCGAGCAAGGCUUCAUGUUCGCUGAUUUUAUGGAGGCUUACGUCGUUUGCGCCCUGGGAGGUGCAGGGACGGUCACUCUCAGUUUUUUGAGUCUGGCCCUGCUGCAGGCGAUUGCUGGGGUCACACUCUCGAUGCUGCUCAGACACAUUAGAAGAUACUUCGUCGUUGACUCUUCUUCCAUGGCUGCGCCGAAGCUCUUGAAAUUUUUUUGCAGAGUUAAUUUCUGCACAGCUUGUGGUGUAUUGUGCGGAACAAUUCAAAUACUUAUAUCUAACAAUGAGAACGAUGAAAUGUCCGACCAAAAGACAAAGACUUGGCGCUUUGUACCUACUUUUGUGACAAAAUAUCUGCAGUUCUCAAAUCCUCGGUGUAUUGUUUUCAAACUCCGGGAUACUUCUAAUUUCAUCACUGAAAACGAGUUCUUCAUGGUCGGAUUAGCAUUUCAUGCUUGCCUGCUUCUCGUCCUCGUGGCUUGGAGACCUGCCGGCGACGAUCCGGCUCUUUUUCACGUUAUUUCCGCUGCCUGGGGCGUCUGCAAUGCGAUUUGGGAAACCUUGAUUUACACUCUACUGCAGAGACUAUAUCCCAGCACGUGGCAAGCCCCUCUCUCGACUUCGCUGUUCUGGCGAUGGCUGGGAUUGGCUCUGGCACUUGGCUUGCACGGACUUGUCUGCACGCGGAUUCGCAUUCUCGGCUUGGCGUCGAUGCUGCUGUUAUCGGUGACCCCGUAUACUUGGUUGGAAAUCCGACUAGCCAAGAGAGGCAAAAGCUUGGCACCAUUGUGACCGCGCAGAAUGGGAUCCGAAUUAUUCAGGGGUAAGCAUUCGCACAGUGGCUGAGGCGGGCUCGGUUCAUCCGGCUGCAGAGCGAGAAGACGUUUGACCAACAUCCGGGACACGGCGAGAAACGUCAAUAACAUUUUCAUCUGCCACACACGCUCACCUCAGAGUUCGAGUCAGCAGCCUGGAAAUUCGGAAAUUUCUCAUAAUGCGUGACUCGGAGCAGCUCUCCUGGAAAUCUACUUGUUUGAGAAACAUCUGAAGUCAGAAAGGCAAUUACUUGUAUCUGCAUAGGUGUAUGUGUGUAUAGAGAAACUUGAGAUGCCGGAUGGACCGAGGCCGAAAAAAUUUGUACCAUGUGAAAAGUCGUUAGAAAAUCGAAGUCACAUAGCCACCUAAAUAUAAUGUCGAACUUCUUUCACGUAGAACGCAUUUGUACGAUUUUUGUAGUACACCACGUCAUAUAUAUGUUACAUGGUAUUGCUAAUCUUAAGUUCCAGCCAUAUAUGCAUGUGCAGUGAACAUAUUUCUAUAAGGUUGUUAAUGAGAACUCGGUUGAUGGCUGAAAAAUUGACAUUCAAUUUACCAGCCUUGACUCUCUGUUUUUUUGCAGCCUUGCACAGUGGUUGAAAAGAAGAAUUAAUAAAAUAAUCAGAAUUAAUGUAAUUUCAAUUUCAGUACAGUCUGUAAUUAUAUAAAACUCUCUGAUUGACUUUCAAAAUUCGUGUUCAAAUGGUUUAUAUUCACACAUGUAAGCAGAUAUAUUUCUUGUAAGAGGAUUCGUCCAAGAACACGUAGCAUUUUCGAAGAAUACAUUUGCAAAGAUAUGAUCCAGAUGAUCUUACACACAGAUACGUCGUAGCCAAAGUAGCUACGCCCUCAUGGAUGUAUACUUAUUAGGGUGGUCGGUAUCCCCAACACAUACUUCUCACCCCUGGAGUCGAUAGAUAAUGC